GAUGAGGCGGACAUCUUUGGCGCGCUCUUUGCAGACGUCAUGCUCUCCAUCGGAGGACUGGUGUUGGUCUUCCUACUGAUCUGCCUUCACACGCAAAGCCUCUUGCUUUCGUGCGUCGGGGCGCUGUUAGUGCUUGAGUGCAUUCCGCUGGGUUACGUCUUUUUCAAGCAGUUCUCCAACCUCCCGAAAAUCAGCAUCGUCAACUGCGUCUCCACCUUUGUGAUCAUUGGUGUUG